AUGAGUGACAAUGACCUGAAAACUCACCCAUUGGUCGUGUUGGUUUCUGAUAACGGAGAACCCUCAUUGUCAGCGACUGUGUCUAUUGAUGUAGUGGUGGUUGAAAGUACAGGUGAAAUCCAGACUCAAUUCAGAAAUGUACCGAGAACGGAGGAGAGCUUCUCUGAUUUAAACCUGUAUUUGCUGAUCGCCAUUGCCUCGGUGUCAGUGAUAUUUUUACUGAGCCUCAUCAGUUUAAUAGCUGUAAAAUGCCACAGGACAGACGACAGUUUCAGCAGGUACAGCGCCCCAAUGAUCACCACACAUCCUGACGGGAGCUGGUCUUACUCUAAAUCUACUCAGCAGUAUGACGUGUGUUUCAGCUCAGACACACUGAAGAGUGACGUAGUGGUUUUCCCCGCACCAUAUCCACCUGCAGAUGCAGAGCUGAUCAGUAUUAAUGGAAAUGACACGUUUAACAGGACUCAAACAUUACCAAACCAGGAGAAGGUAAGAGUAAUACGCUUCAGGAAUGUGUGAAUGUGUUUUAAACUCCAGCUUCGGUACUGCAGUUUUUGAGAUAAUGACAGAGAUUUAUCAAAUGGUUUCAGAGUUAUCAUACAUAUGUUUGCAUGGUACAUUUCGUUUUUGAUAUCUUAUGAGAAUAUUUGUGGGCAUAAAUUGCUAGGAAAUGUGCAUAAGAACAUAGCCGUGAAAGCACAGACGCUCUCCGUGGUGCUGAAACAGUUAGCUUUCUUUCGUUUCGAAGGGCAGAAGCCUUUUCGGAUCGAUGCUUUUCAUCGUUGAAAGUGGAAUUGACUUAUUCAAGUGAUGUAGAAAGUUGGUUUGAAAUCUAUUUUUUGCUCUCUGCUUUAUCUUCCCCAUGAACAUUCAAUAUGGCAUUUUUCUAUUUUAUAUGGGCGAUCAAUAGGGCCUCCUGUAUUUGGUUUCCUGAGUCUUCGUCAGCUGUCCUUAUUACUACCCUGUAUCACCACGACUUUACAUGACUAUUGAUACUCAUUUUAAUUGUUCCCCAGUGUUUACCGUUUUACACGUCCCAAUUUGAGCAACUGUAUUCAAACUUGACUCUAUCAUGUGGUUGAUUCAUAGUUAGUACAACAUUGGCCACUGGCUACGUUUACAGUCAUAUUUUCUAUUUGCUUACUACUAUCACAAUAAGUUAAUGAUGUGGUAUAAACAUAUUAAUUAAAUCAAACAAGUAACACAUGGUGUCGCUAUAGACCACGAAUGGGAGAGGAGUCACUGAUAUUAUAUGACUCCUCCUCUCUGAAUGAAAAAAGAACACCGUCACAUGUCCGGAGCGCUUUGUCAAGAGAAACACUCGAAUUGUGAUGAUAGGAAGAGGGCUGGGUUGUGUGGAUCUCUUACUUGACGGAUUUUUGUGGUUUUAAUGGACAUGCGACUUCGAUUUCUGGAAUAAUACGCUUUGUACAAGCAGCGAUGGGUCGUCGAAUACAAAGAGAAAGCAUUUGGAUUCAGUGCGUCGCGUUGUUUUGUUUAUUUGACUGGUCUGCAGCGCAGAUCUCUUACUCCGUUUCAGAGGAGGUGGACAAAGGCACGUUUGUGGGGAAUCUAGCUAAGGAUUUAAACCUUAAUGUACAGGAACUGGAGUCGAGGGGUUUAAGGAUUGUAUCGGGACAGAGUAAGCGGUAUUUCGAUGCCAAUUUAAAAACAGGGGUUCUGUACAUUAAUGAGAGGAUAGAUCGAGAGGAGCUUUGUUCGAAUGCGAUGAAGUGUUCGCUAAACAUACAGGCCAUAUUGAGCCAUCCUACGCAGCUCCACCGCAUUGAGGUUAAUAUUUUAGACGUAAAUGACAAUGCACCAUCUUUCCUUGAAAAAUUCUACUCAUUCAACAUUUCUGAAUCAUCAUCCACAGGCGAGCGAUACCUUUUACCGAUAGCAAUUGAUUCAGACACGGGCAGUAACUCGGUAAAGAGUUACAAGCUGAGCCCGAGUGAACACUUCUCCCUGGAUGUACAGAGCGGUGGAGAGCAGAGUGUGUCUGCUGAGUUAGUGCUGCAGAAAGCUUUAGACCGAGAGAAACAACCCGUUAUCCAGCUAACACUGACUGCUGUAGAUGCAGGAAAACCUCCACGAUCUGGGACAUUGCUGAUAAUAGUGAAUGUAAUUGAUGCCAAUGAUAAUUCACCCACGUUCAGUAAGCCGCUGUACAAGGUUCGCGUUAAUGAAAAUGUUCCGUUCGGAACUAGAGUGAUUCAGCUAAAUGCCACAGAUUUAGAUGAGGGAGUCAACGGUAAAGUUGUAUUUUCCUUUAUCAAACGUGGUAACGUGAACCCCUCUGAUAUGUUUGAUAUAAAUUCAGACACUGGAGAAAUCACAGUUAAGGGAAGUUUGGAUUAUGAGGAAAGUCCUGCAUAUGAAAUUCGUGUGCAGGCGACUGACCAAGGCUCAUCACCCCGUAGUGCACACGGUAAACUAUUAGUGGAAGUUAUUGAUUUGAAUGACAAUUUCCCAGAAAUAUAUGUGACGUCACUCAUGAGCCCAGUGAAAGAGGAUGCGGAGAUAGGGACAGUGGUCGCCUUGGUGACAGUUACAGAUAAAGAUGGUGGUAAAAAUGGCCUCACUAACAGUAAACUUGUUGGGCCAGUGCCCUUUAAAUUGAAAUUGAAUUAUAAAAACGAUUAUUCACUAGUGGUUGAUGGGCCUCUAGACAAAGAGAGUGCUUCUCAGUAUAAUGUCACCAUCACAGCUACGGAUGAAGGGACCCCGCCUCUCGCCAGCACCAGCGUUAUUACUGUAGACGUUUCUGAUGUCAAUGACAACGCUCCUCGCUUCUCAGAACCCGUGAUUAAUGUUUAUGUCAAAGAGAACAGUCCGGUAGGUGAGGUCAUUUAUAAGAUGUCUGCUUUUGAUCCUGAUUCAGAUGACAAUGCAAAGAUGA